GUGCCGGAGACCAGAGCUUGUUCACCUCCGUCUAUUCCACCCUGACUCAGCAACUGCCCCGAGAGCCCAUGGAAUGGAGGAGGUCAUAUGGACGUGCUCCAAAGAUGAUCCACCUAGAGUCAAAUUUUGUCCAGUUUAAGGAGGAGCUUCUUCCGAAGGAGGGAAACAAAGCACUGCUCACCUUUCCUUUUCUACACAUCUACUGGACUGAAUGUUGUGACACAGAGGUAUAUAAAGCCUCCACCAAGGAUGACAUCACCAAGUGGCAGAACGCUCUGCGGGCUCACGGCUCCACCGACUGGCUGAUUGUGGUCAUUGAGAGUGAAGCGAAGAAGAAGAACAAAACCAACAUCCUCCCGCGGACCUCCAUCGCAGACAAGAUCCGUAGUGACUUCUGUAACAAGCAGAGCGACAGGUGUAUGGUUCUGGUGGACCCCCUGAAGGAAACUUCCCGCUCCCAGGAGUCCUGGUCUCUCUUCCUGUCCAAACUGCGCACAUUGCUGCUGACGUCCUUCACCCGAAACCUGGGACACUUCGAGGAUGAGAUGAGGACUCUGCGAGAGAAGAGGACCGAGCCGGGGUGGAGCUUCUGUGACUAUUUCAUGGUGCAGGAGGAGCUGGCCUUCGUGUUUGAAAUGUUGCAGCAGUUUGAAGAUGCGUUGGUUCAGUACGAUGAGCUGGACGCUCUUUUCUCGCAGUAUGUGCUGAACUUCGGAGCUGGAGAUGGAGCCAAUUGGCUGAGCUCGUUUUGCCAGCCGGUUCAGAGCUGGGAUGGCCUGUCCUUACGGAAGCCCAUAGACAUGGAGAAGAGGGAUAUGAUCCAGAAGAGGAGAGCCAAUCUCCUGGAGUUACGCAGCUACUUGUUCUCCCGCCAGUGCACUUUACUCCUCUUCCUGCAGAGGCCUUGGGAGGUGGCCAACCGGGCCCUGGAGCUUCUUCAUAACUGCGUUCAGGAGCUGCGCCUACUGGAGGUCUCUGUCCCCCCGGGGGCUCUGGAUUGCUGGGUCUUCUUGAGUUGUCUGGAGGUUCUGCAGAGGAUAGAAGGCUGCUGUGAACGGCCUCAGCUGGAGGCCAACAUCUCCCACACGGUGGGGCUCUGGAGCUACGCCAUGGAGAAGCUGCAGUCUCUGGGCUCCCUGUGUGGUCUGGUCUCGGAAGGUGGUCCAUGCUCGGAGGAUCUUCAGAGGACGGUGGAUCUGUUGGCUGGACUGGGAGCGGAGAGGCCGGAGACUGCCAAUACAGCGCAGAGUCCUUACAAGAAGCUGCAGGAGGCGCUGUCCUCAGAGGAGGCCUUUGAGAAGCAUUAUCUGGAGCUCGCCCACGCCACCAUCCAGAUGUACAACACCAUCUGCAGAACGCGCUCCGCCAAGCUGGUGGGGAAGGAUCUGGCCGAGUUUUACAUGAGGAAAUCCUUGCCACAGAAAGCUGAGCCCUACCUGCAGGGGGCGCUCCGGAUGUACCAGGCAGAGGGGUGGUCUCUGCCCCUCACCCACACCAGGAAACAGCUGGCAGAGUGCCAGAAGCUGCUGGGACAGACUGAGCCAUACCUUCAGACCUGCAGCCUCCUGGCCGCUGACACCAAUCUGUCUCAGGACGAGCGUGUCAACUACUGUCAUGAAAUCCUGACGUCCUCUGAGAAGAGCUCCAGCACUGCAGGUCACUUCGGCCUCCCGUUCGGCUCGUUUGCUCGGCUGACAUCGCUGCGUUUCGAUCCCCCCAACGCGGUGAUUCACGUGGGCGGGUCUCUUUGUAUGGAGUUAACCCUUCUCAACCUGAUGCCUGAACCCUUCCACCUGGAUCACCUCUCGGGACACUUUCAUUACAGUUUGGACAAGAACAGUUACCGAAAAACGGCCGAAUGGCUGACCCGCCACAAGCCUGCGGGUGGCGCUGUCCACUUUCACAUGGAGGGUGUGCUGGGAAUUCCGGGCCCUCCGCCGGCGCUAGAACUGGCAGAAAUGCAUGAAAAAAGCCCGUCAGAGGGGGGGCUGGUGAGCACGGGGGUCAUCUGCAAAAAUGUGCACAUGUUACUGCGGGCGCAGGACUCAAACACCUCCUCCCCCAUGGACAGACACUCCACCCUAAACCUGGACGAUGGGGUGCACACCGUCAAGUGUAGCCGAGUCACCCUGCAGCCCGGGGUCAAUCACGUGACCUUCCAAGCCCAGGCGCAGGAGGCCGGCACCUACACGUUACGUCAGCUGGCGGCGUCGUUCGGGAAUGUGCAGCUGCUCCUGCCGCACGUCUACCCCAUAGUGCAAUAUGACGUUUACUCUCAGGAGCCCCAACUCAAGGUGGAGCCACUGAGCGAUUUCCUCCUGGCCGGGGUUCCUCAAAAGUUAAAGUUUACAGUGACAACCGGACAUUAUCGGGUGAAGGAGGGGGACACCCUGCAGCUUAGCAAUGCCGAUAUGAUGCCCAUUCUUCCGGCACCGGACACCAAGGCGUCCAUCUACCAGAACAGUCAUGAUGAUGUGUCAUUAAGUCCUCUGACCAUCAAUCGAUCGGAUAAAGUGACCAGCAUCGCUCUGCCGCCAGCCCCCCCUUAUCAUCUCAUGGAGUUUGAGCUGGACGUGGUGUGUCUGUUACCGGAAGCGGGACGUCUGUUGAAUGGCGAAGUUCCGCGUAGGGGAAAGGAUGGGCAGGACUCCCGGGGGAAUGUCACAGAGCAGAGGGUGUCCGUGGACUGUCCGUGGUCCAUCUAUUCCACCAUCAUCAGUCUGACCUUUCACCUUCCACUGAGAGCCCAGCACGCCUUACUGUCCUCCGGAACAAGAAAAUUUAUCCAGAUUCGUGUGGAGAACAUGUGUGACUUCAACUUCCAAUUAUCGAAUAGUUGCCUCACCUCUUCCUGGGAUCUAGAGUUCCUCCCUCUCCACUCCCAAGACAACCAGGACAUCCAGAAUCAGCAAUGUCUCUUCUACGUGUGGGAGGUGACGUGGCACAAGGACCUGCCGCUGGUUCUACCUGUCAGCUUCUCAGUCAGCUUCUACCCCCUGCCUCUUCCCCAGAGCUGUGGAGAUCUCCAGCCCUUCACCUACCUCUUCCACUUGGAGCACUUUUAUACGCUGUACACGGUGCGUGCCGAAAUCUCUCCGGCCACAGAUUCCGACUUUUGUAAGAUGGGUUCCCUUUGCUCGCUGGAAGUUUGUAUCACUCGUCUGUGUGACCAUCUGGAGGGUGACAAGGAGGAGACUCUGACGGAAUGUGAGGGGUACAGCAGCACUCAGCUCUUCUACCAGGUGGUGGAUGGAGGAAGUAACUGGGCGGUAUGUGGGCGGAGCUCUGGUGUGGUGAUGAUGCCGGUCAGACGAGGAGCCUGUCACACCGUGCGGAUGGAGGUCAUGCCCCUGUUUGCCGGACACUUACCGUACCCCGAUGUACAGCUUUUCCGAUACCUUCCGCAUCACGCGCAUUCUCAGCAACUGGACUCCGAUAGCUGGAUGGAGAACGACUCGGUGUCGGUGGAAGACCCCUGCGAGGCCCCUAGUGGCCGGGCUCCCAGCAGCUCUCUCUCUCCGGGGCCCCUGGGCCCCUCAUCAGAACAGAAAGGACUUCUCAUGCCCCGGCUACAACCGUUCCACGCCGGGCAGAUCAGCAACGGCAGCAUGGGGCAGCAGAUCCUGGUUAUUCCCAGUAUGGACGACCAUGUGCUGGAGGUCAAUGUCACAUGACACAGCGCCCUGCUGUAGCGGAAGGGGGGGGGGAGGAGCCAAACAUGUAUUAUGUAUAUAUUGGGUGUGGGGUCUGGACUGAGGUGGGACGUGAUGGAAUCUCCUGAGAAUGACGGCUGUUCCUAUAGUGCAAUAUUCCGCCAGACAUUGACAAUCUCCGCCCCUCUGGCCGCUGUAAUCGGCGGCGGCGGUCCGUCUCUUGCAUGUUCUUACCCGCUGGGUCUCUUCCCUCUGGUGAUGGCCGGGUUCUGGGUGUCACAUGGCGGUGUUACCGAUGAGAGAGGACGACGCUGAGCAGAGAGGGGUCCGCUACCACGAGAGCCACGCACAAUACUCCAUCGGGGGGGUCAUACCGGAUUGUACAUCGCCACCGUCUGUGUCGUCUGCAUCUCAGGAAGUUGCUCCACACCUAGCCGAGUGACAGUUCUGAGGUCUGUGAUUGGUCAGACACUUGGCCUUGGACCCAGGUCCGGCCCAUCUCAUUCUAUGUACCGUCCGGGUUUAAAGAGAAUCUGUCAUUUCAACCAAUCAGGGCACAGUGAAAGCUCCGCCCCGACGAUACUCAGUACUUCCAAGUAUGGGGGAACCAUGUGAUCUCCACUCCUUCCCAGGAUUUCAGCCAAUCACCUGGCCUCAGCACUUUGUUUGGGGGAGGGGGGAGGCCAUUAACAUGUGUAAGCUCUGAAAGGGACUGCACAGGGAUUGGACCCCGGGCUCUAACAGACAUAGGAAGCAAUGGGGGGGGGGAUGGGCUACAAAGAGGUUCUCUAUGAAGGACAACUCCUCUAAGUCACCCCCCCAUUUUUCUUUAACUCUGUAGUAGAGCCGUGUCCCAGGAGGGCCCCAUACAAGUCGGGGGUCUCAGUGCUUAGGAUGGGGUCCUUCUACAGAGGUAAGGAGCCGUGUGGGGGGGGGGGGGGGGGGGCAUUGAUGGAGUUGUCCUUGAAAAUGAUUUGAAAGAUGGCGGCGGUAUCUGCUCCUUGGGUGGUCUCCUGUUCUUGUGGGUUCUAUGCAGAUCGGCGAUGGUAUCUGAUUGGUUGGAUCAGUCCCCGGGGCGCUGUACACACUACUCUGCUCACCUCCUCCGGAGGUUUCCAUGCUGCUAUACGAGUGCAGUUCUCGGGUCCUUCUAUGAGAAAUGGCGCCGCGGUCUUACGAGGACGGCGGCCUCCUCUAUAAAUCAGUCAGAUCACAGGGGGGGGAGGGGUCCGGUUCUCAGCGGGCCGGGCGCUGCUGCCAUACGAUGGGGUUUUAAGGUAACAGCGCUAUUUAUUUUUUUGGUAUACUGUACCUUGAAGAGAAAGUGGACGCCUAGUAUUCAGAGUACCCCGAAAUAAAUGUGUUUUACCACCA